CACAUCACACAGGAUACCCGGCACCUAUUUAGACUUGCUGCUCCAUCGAUACUGUCCCAGACCUCCCGGAUUCACCAAAAACACAGAUUAAGGGCACUGCAUACUGUUCCUGGAGGACUCUUAAGAACUAAGGGAGAUAUACAAGGCGGAUUCUCGAGACCAAGCCUUAAUCUUGCCACAGAAACCAAAGAUAUGGGAAGGAAAGCAGUACCCCGGGGUCAGGUCCUGAGAUGGCAAGUACUAUAUCCUUUCUUUGCUUCUUUGUUCUGCCGGGUGCUUUCUGAGCACAUCAGCUACUCAAUUCCUGAGGAAAUGGAGAAAGGGUCGGUGGUGGGGAAUCUCGCCAAGGAUCUGGGACUGGAUGUGCGGGACUUGCCGGCUCGGAAGCUGAGAGUUAAUGGAAAGAAGCAGCAUUUUGCUGUAAGCAUUCAGAGCGGGGAAUUACUUGUUAGCGACAGAAUAGACAGGGAGCAUUUGUGCGGACAGAAGUCUGUGUGUACCCUGACGUUAGAAACUGUAGCUGAAAAUCCCUUAAAUGUUUUUCAUGUAAUCAUGGUCAUACAAGAUAUUAAUGACAAUCCACCUCAUUUUCCUCAAAAUAUCAUCAAUUUACAGAUCAAUGAAUUGGCCCUCAAGGGUUCUCGGUUUGGGCUAGAAUCUGCUGUAGAUCCAGAUGUGGGUGUCAAUUCCCUGCAAAGUUACCAACUUAGCCCUAAUGAACAUUUCUCUAUGGUUGUAAAGGAGAGCCCCGAUGGUAGGAAAUAUCCAGAGCUAGUAAUGGAGAAGCCUCUGGACCGGGAAAAGCAGAGUUCUCAUCACUUAGUUCUGGUGGCUGUGGAUGGAGGCAACCCGGUUCUAAGCGGCACCGCUCAGAUCAAGAUCAAUGUCACUGAUGCGAAUGAUAAUCCACCAGUCUUCAGCCAGGACUUCUAUAAAGUCAGUCUUCCAGAGAGCCUGCCCCCGGGCUCCUCAGUGCUAAGGGUAAUGGCCACCGACAAGGAUGAAGGAAUCAAUGCGGAAAUCACCUAUUUCUUUAAAACCACAGCGGAUAAUGCCCUUAACAUCUUUUACUUGGAUCAUAAAAAUGGAGAAAUUAGAACUCAAGGGCAUCUAGACUUCGAAGACACUGAGAAUUAUAUACUGAGUGUAGGAGCAAGGGACGGGGGUGGUAUGGCUGCUGAAUGCAAAGUUAUACUUAAAAUUCUAGAUGAAAAUGACAACCAGCCGGAAGUGACGUUUACUUCUGUGUCCAGCACCAUUGCAGAGGAUGCUGUGCAAGGAACGGUGAUUGCCCUGUUCAAAAUAGAGGAUCUGGAUUCUGGCGUCAAUGGGGAGGUCACGUGCCACGUAGAAGAAAAUGCCCCUUUCAGACUAGAAUCUUCUUCCAGGAACUACUACAAGCUGCUGACAGAUGGGCCCCUGGACCGCGAGCAGACCCCACAGUACAACAUUACAGUCACUGCCUCGGACAAGGGAAAGCCUCCUCUGUCCACC